AUUGACCUGUUGGGAGAUACUGGAGUAUGGUAUAAAAGAAAAGAGAUAUCCCUUCUCAGUUUGGCCACACAGUUUACUUUUAUAUAAGGAGACCCUAUCAGUGAGCAUGCAUACAAAUAUUUUCUUUACUCAGUUUUAUUGUGAACAACAAAUGACAAAUAAUUUUACUUUUUUUUUCAGGGAUCUUUUAGUAUUUUUUCAGUAUUUUGAGGUAACAAAGUUUGCCUUAAUAUAAUAAUAGGAGAAAGAUAGCUCUAGAUCUAUUUUCAAGUAAAUCUGGUUUUCACUCAUUGUCAUGGGCAAACCUUGCAAAUAAAAUGUAUGGUUCUUUUAUAUUUUGCCCCCUCAUGUUUGAGUGAAGAAAAGAAAAAAAGGAAUGAAAAAUUAAGAAAAACAAGAUAGAUAGAUAGAUAGAUAGAUAGAUAAUGAAGAAUAGAUAGAUAGAUAGAUAGAUAGAUAGAUAGAUGCCUUUACAGUCAGUGCAUUAAAAAGGCACCGUAAAACAUUAGAUAGUAAAACAGUAAAAGCAGUGCAGAGUUAAAACUAGCAAAAUAUUACAACAUUACAAUCAUUACAUUACAAUAUAAAACAUUACAAUGAAAUAAUCACCCUAAAACUGAAAAUUAAGCAGCUUCCUGAAGGUAGAAUUUGUGGCAGAGUUGUAUUAAAUUACAAUAGAUUUCCCAGGUGUUCAUUGUCUAAUAUUGGUGGGUUUGCCUAUAAAAUUUGCUCCUUUUUUGACGAUAAUGGUGCAAUUUUUGGCCAUGUAUUGAUCAAAUCUCCGCUUGACCGAUCCCGAACCCCAACAGAAAGGUUUGUCAAGUCGCCUGAAACGAGCCUCCUGAUUGGCCACACCGAGAAAAGAUAAUAUUAGACCGUUCGUGAUUGGUCGAACGGACACUCUGCUCUUUUUUCUCGCGAUUGUUUCCCGUGUGGGUUAAUGGCUCCUCCUGCUACAGACUGAGACGGAGCUGGCACCGAGCAGCGAUACGGGGGGAGCUGUAACACCACGGAGGAGGAAAAAAGCGAUUACACCCCAAAUACCAGCGGGUUUUUGAUCGCAGUUGAUAGGGUGUACCGGGGAAAUAGGCUGUCCGGGUGGUAGUUUGGGCCGAGGGCUAAAUUUAGCAGCGGGCGGUCGAGGAUAGCAGGCUAUUUUUCAACAACCAACUCCCCAGAUGAACUCCGUCAGAGCCGCCAACAGGAGACCCAGGCGAGUGUCGAGGCCGCGCCCGGUGCAGCCUGAACGGAACAACGGGGAUAGAGGUAAGCUAGGCCGCGGUGGAGGGACGGUUUAACUCGAAGCUGCGUCAGGCGGUAAUGGUCGGCACGUAGCCCUCGUUCGCCACCGCUGCCGCGUUCUCUACUCAAGCUGACGGCCGUUUGCGCAGGAAAACCCGAGGCUUCUCGCUCUGUGGUUUAGGCCAGGCCGCGCUUUGUUUGGCUUGAGUGAUUGGGGCUAAGCUAACACUUGCUAGCUAGCUCACCAGGUUAUGUGGAUGUUGGGGGUUGUCUUCGCCUAACGUAAUGCGUAUGUAGCUAUACGGUCAACAUAAAAAGGCCCAUAUUGAAGCUAAAAGGGAUCGACUUCACACCACUCCGAGUACAGUCAGGGUGUUCGCUCCGGUUGCUACAUUCCCAGCUGUCACUAACGAUUCAGAGGGUGUAAAUCUGCGGUGCCUGUGGACUGCCAUUUUUGGGGUGUAACGUUAACAAAAACAUUAGCAGCGAAUGGGGGUAAUUCUAGCUAGCUGCCCCGGCUACAGGAGGCCACAUAUAUCAGCUGUGGUAGAUGAUAGUGAGAUAUUUUGGAUGAAUUCACCGUGUCCAUUUUCUGCUCUUGUGGCUGUCAGUGUGCAAGCUAACGCAGCUUACAAAUUAAGCCCAGAUCCCCUUCCUUGUUCCGAGUCUGCUAGCUCGUAGCUCGAUUUGUUUACACCGCGGAUUUGCCUGCUACGCACUUCAGUAUUUAGCCAUUAGCCUCACGUCUGAUCGACUUUAGUGACAGAACCUGAGAAAGAUGGGGCUGGUUCUGUUCAUGUAUUAACAGGAGACAAAUACACACUGACUGGCCCCGUACGUGAAAGGAAUGACUAGACGUACAAGACGUAAUGUGGCUGCAGGGGGUGCAUCUGCUAUUAUCAAUCACUAACCUUUGUCUACCUUUCCCUAACCACUAAUGUAAUGCUAAUCAUUGUGGCUUGGCAUGUAAUGCAUAUUCAACAUCAAGGGUUCACGUUAGGUUUUGGAAAUGCAAAAGCCAAAGGAUCAAAAUAACAUUAUUAUUUAAAGAUACAUGAGAAGCAGCAGAUAUGGGAACCCAAAUAGCACAAAAACCCAUCAGGAAAGGAAAGGAUAAGGGCCCCUUGAAAAAAGACCCCAAACUGCAGAACAAAGCAGUUACAGAAUCAAAAUAACAUUGUUAUUCAAAAACACAUGAGAAACAGCAGAUAUGGGAACUCAAAUAGCACAAAAACCCAUCCAGAAAUGAUAAGGAACCCAAACAAAAGACCCUAAACUGCAGAAAAACCUAACAGUGAAAGAAUCCCUGACACAUAAACCCUUUAACAUACAUAUAAAAAAAUCAAAUUUCGAAAAUCACCUGCACUGCAGAAAUGUGUCAUAAACUGACCUGCCAUAGUAUAACUAACCCCAGGUUAAUGUAAUGCAAACCAAUAUAACUGCUAUACCACAAUUUGGACUUUCAGGAAGCAUCUAAAGAUUUAGUUUCUGUAUUUCUUAUUUUUUGUUUGGUUGAAAAUGUCUACCUAGCCUUUGUCUACCUUUCUGUACCACUAAUAUAAUGCUAAUCAUUGUUGCAUUGGCAUGUACUGCAUAUUUAAAAUCAAGGGUUAACAUUAGGUUUAGGGAAUGCAAAAGCUAUUGAAUUAAAAUGACAUUAUUAUUUAAAAAUACAUGAAAACCAGCAGAUAUGGGAACUCAAAUAGCACAAAAACACACCAGUUAAGGAUAAGGAACCCAAACAACAGACCCCAAACUGCAGAUAAACCCAACAGUGAAAGAAACCCUGACAUAUAAACCCCCUCAAACACACAAGAAAAUUAAAUUACAUGAAAAUCACCUUACAUUUCUGAUCAGGUGCUGCAGAAAUUUGGCAUAUACUGGCCUGCGAUUGUAUAACUAACCCCUGGUUAAUGUAAUGCAAACCAUUAUAACAGCUAUACCACAAUUUGUACUUUCAGGAAGCAUCUAAAGAUUUAGUUUUUGUGUUUUUAUUUCUUGUUUAAGACAGAGUGGGUGGAAAAUGGGGCAACACAUCUCUUAUUAUAAUACACCCCAGUACAUCAUCAAUGCCAACUACAACUUGAUUGAUUUAAAGACUGAUAUUCACCUGUGACCAUGCCAGUAAAAAUAGAAAAUGUUGGAGCGUUGUAUAAAUUAGAAUUAAUGAGAGCUGAUGUACUGGGCUGCUGUAGAUUGUUAAGGUUAUGUCAUGAGUUGCUGUAGUACAUGUAAAAACAGGGGUUAAAAAUGUGCUUUGACAACCAAGCAAAAUCUACAGACCUCAACUAACCGCAACUAUAAUUAUAAUAUUCAAAUACAUGACAAUUAAAAGUAUAAAAAAACCUUUAGUAAAAGAUUACAAGCAACAGAAGAACCCGAAGAAUAAAAGGGCCCAAACCAACGACACACUAAUAUAGAGAUAUGACAUUAUUGGCAUAAUAUUGAUAUUGGCAGAUAACAGCUUAAAGAGGUAAUUAUUGGUACUGGCAGAUGAAAACAUUUUCUGCCAAUGAGUAAAGCUGAUAAGGUUAUGCAUUAAUUAUGCACACACAAUCAUAAUGAAUGAUGUCAGCUGUACUGGAGUAUUUUUAAGUGUCUGAAAUAGAAACAUCAUCAAAUGGAGUUUGACAGAUUUUAGGCUGUUUCGUAAACAAAUAGAUAAAAAUUUAAUAAAAGUAGCAGUUAAAUUCCAGCACAUGGUGACUGUGUUCUUUGAAAUGAAGAAAAGGUGUGUAUAUAAAUAUCAGUAUUAAUGUUUUUAUUGGCCAGAAUGAGUUUGGUGAUAUUGGGUGUCAGGUAUACACAAAAACCCAUGCAUCGUGGAGAUGCAAUCAUGUAUCCCAAAAAGGAUUAAAAACCCUAAGAUUGUGUGGAUCUGGUUAAUUUAAAAACCAAACAGUGAACCAAGUAGUAAAAAAACAAAAAUGAAUUCAAAGUGGGAAAUUUGUGAAGGAACAGUCGAUAUGAAACAAAUUUAAGAGGAACAAAGAUGUGAAAAUUUAAUAAGCAGCACUGAAAAGCAGUAAAAGCAAGUGAAUGAAACGGGUAAAAAUAAUACAGUGAAAAGAGAAGGAGACUAAAAAGAGAAACACUAUGAAGAGAGAUAAAAAAUAUUAACGUAAAAAUACGUGACAUUGAAUAGAAAAUGGAAAUUGAAGUAUUGAAAAUAAAUAAAAUUAUUAAGUAAAAGACAAAGCAUUAGAUAAAUCAUAUCUGGUCUUUUAUAUGCACAGUACAAUCACUACAUGUGAGCUUGAAUAACCUUGCAUUACGUCAAUUAUAGUAAGAAGUCUUUAAUGCAGUUACUGGACAAGAUUUAAUGCAUAACAGAGAUAUAUUUUGUUAUAUAAGAGAUAAUAAUUUCUUGCCCUCUUAAGGAAAGACUCACAUUUUCCAUUAUGUCUGAACUGCAUUGUAUACAGAUGUGAAAUGUUAACCUGGUUGUCUUUCUGUCUAGAUGAGGAGGCUCCUGCAGCAGCUGCAGCAGAGAUGGCUAUUGAAGAGUCCGGUCCAGGAGCUCAGAAUAGUCCCUACCAGCUUCGACGCAAGACCCUGCUUCCCAAGAGAACCGCUGCUGCCUCUGCCACCGCCUCUGCCUGCCCUAGCAAGGGCCCAAUGGAGGUCAGACUGCCACAUUUUAACACUUCUUUUUUUUUCCUGAACCACUGCAAAGUGCACGUCGGCAGAAUUGAGACAGAAAACUGCUGAUUAAUAGCGCUCCUCUUUAAUAGGAUGAUGAUUUUUGUGACACAGCACUUCUUUCACAGUUGCUUACUUAGUGCUGUAAUUAUGCUCUGAUGCAGAUGUCUUAUUUCUCCAUUUUUUUUUUUUCAGGGAGCUUCCACCUCAUCAACAGAAGCCUUUGGCCAUCGAGCCAAGCGGGCACGAGUGUCCGGUAAGAGCCACGACCUGCCAGGUGUGUGUCAAAUCUCUGCGUCUGUGGCAGACCGAGUGUUAGGCAUUUUUUGAGUCGACAUUGAUUUUUCUGUUUUCUGUGUGUGCUGGUAGAUCUUGUUACUCUCCAGUACAUUAAAUAGCAGGACUCCACAGUUAAAUAUUCACAGAGGCAUUUUUUUUUUACAGUUUUUAAUUUUUUAAUCUAACCUUAAAUUCUGAGUAUAUGUGUGUAUUUGUUUGUGUUUUUUUUUUAGCAGCCCCAGCAGAACAGUAUCUGCAGCAGAAACUUCCAGAUGAAGUUGUUUUGAAGAUUUUCUCCUACCUGCUGGAGCAGGAUCUCUGUCAGGCCGCUUGUGUUUGCAAGAGAUUCAGCCAGCUAGCCAACGACCCCAUCCUAUGGUCAGUGCUGCCGAAGAAACGAAAAAGCUCCCUGAUUUUGAGUAGCGUGUUUUUACAGAGACCGUAACCGAGAUUGCAUGGUGUUUAUUCUGACAGGAAGCGUCUCUAUAUGGAGGUGUUUGAGUACACACGUCCCAUGAUGCACCCUGAGCCCGGCCGGUUCUACCAGGUCAGCCCCGAGGAGCACGAACACCCAAACCCUUGGAAAGAGAGCUUCCAGCAGCUGGUGAGUUGUUGUUUGUCUGUCUGCUGCGAGAAAGCAAAAAAAACAGUCAUUGAAGAGUUGCUCUGAGUAAAAUUUGUGCCAAUCACUUAAAUUAGAGAAUCACACCAGUGGGGAAACUGUGGAUAAAGUUGAAACACUCAACACAUUUAAUAGAAGACAGUCCAUUUCUGUAUUUUUGAUUGUCGCAUUCAGCAACAAUAAGAACAGGAGAAACUCGCAGAAAACUAAAUCAUAUCAAGCUGUCAUGACCAUUUAAUGAAAUUUCUUACUUUAAAUUAGAGAUGGGAAUCGAGAACGGGUUCCAAAUGGUUCAAUCCAUCGACAUCAUUUACAUUUUAAUGAUUCCUUGGACAAUUCCUUUCCCCUGGGUGCUUUGGAAGACAGUCUUGUGAGAGGCAGUCUACGCGAACAAGAACAGAGAGUUUGCGGGAAGAUACAUGGCGGAUGGUACGAAAAGUAGGCAGAAACGAUCUUAAGCGUGGUUUCAUUUUACUAAGAAAGACGGCAACGAGUUUUGUAUGGAUGUUUUGAGUUUGUGUAGCGUGGACUAACUGAGUUUGAAGCUUGUAAAAAAACAUUCGACCCGACCAGAAAAACCCUCAAAAUUUUGCACGCGACUCCAAGCUGUGUCCUCGUUUUGAGUCAACAUUGAAAACCUAUAGUCUCCUUUUUAAAAUCAAAGAAAGGCAUUGAUAAGAAGAAUCGAUAAUGGCAUCGAUAUCGAUAAAAUCAUAUUAAUUCCCAUCCCUACUUUUAAUCCGCUUACAGACAAACAACUUCUGUUGAGGUGAGGCGAUCCUAAUGUUAUUGAGCUGCCUUCUUCCAAACCACAUCCCUCAGAAUAAUAAUAACCUCUGAAUGAACGCUUUCAACCCGUCCACAGACUCAUCACCCUGUUGUAUUUACACGUGUUCACAAUGUUGUUACAAGGCUAAGUCAAGAAUACCAUGUUUAAUAUUCCCCGUUGGGUGUUAAUCCCAUUAUGUAAUUAUGUCAACACAGAUCUUACUGCAGACUUAACACCAUCUUAAGAUCCUCGGGCUGAUGGGGAACUGUCAUGUUUAUUUAUCGUAGCAUGAAGUUGAUUUCAAACCCCGCAAAAGGCGGUUAAGUCCAACUCGUUAGUGUGAGUGUGUUCUUAAUGCAGUUGCGUAAUAUUAGUCACUUUUAGGUUUUUUUGUGAAAUGCUCUGCUGCGUCUUGCGUCGCUGUCCUGUGUUUUUGUGUGACUGUGUAUUUAUAGACACAAGCACUUUCAGGUCAGGGGUUGAUCAACAGAGUUAAAAGCCUGGCAGCUGUACGCCUGUUAUUUAAGAUUCAGCCUUUUAAUCUUGGGAAGUUUUGCACUUUUGUGAUUGUAUAGAAUGAUACAAGAGGGGAAUAAUCUCAGUGAUUGAGUAGUUCACAACCAGAUUACAGUUUUUAGCUAUUACGGAUAGGGAUAGGGAACAUAUAUAUUCAUGUGUGGGUUUAUAUGACACUAUGAGUUCAUACAAUCAAGGGUCAGAGCGCGUAACAGGUCGAAAGAAGACCGUUAGAGAGGCUGUCUUUUCUUCCUUUCAGGCUUUUGAGACAAAAUUUGCAAAAACAAAAAGUUUAAGCGUAUUAAAUCCAGUUUUUGCUCAUCAGGCCUCCACAUCAUUCCAGAUUUUUGGCUCAUACAUCAGUAACUUUCACAGGUUGUCAUAUUUUUCAAGGUGUAAAAGUAAGUUCUCACUUCUAAAGGUCUGUGGCUUCUAGAUAGGUGAGGGGUUUCAUGUAAUUCAGGGUUAAAUUCCUGUAUUUAUUAGGGAUGUCCCGAUAUGAUAUUGAUAUUGGAUAUUGGUCGGAUAUUAGCAGAAAAAAAACCCCCAGAAUAUCGGAUUAUAUCGGCCUGCAUCUAAAAUCUCUGAUAUCAGCACUCUGAUAUUGACGGAUAUUCACUGCGGAUCCACCGGUGUCUUCUCACUCUCCAUAACCAGGAAUAGCAACAGCAGCAUGGUAAAAUCUACUCGGCAUCCUCGCUGUCAAAGUCGGGUGUUAAAUAAGGGACCAUCAAUAAAUUACCGGUUGAUGUUCUCAGAAAAGGCUGUUUUCCUACAAUAGCUUCCAUGUCAUGUGACCAAUUGACCUAAAAUCGAUUUCAAAUAAUAGUACUAAGGUUGGACGAUAAGACAUACCUCUUCAUUUCCCUAAAUUGUCCUCUAAAAGUUUUUGUGUUAAAUUUGAAGGCAAAUUUUGAACAUUUUCUUCAAUAGCUUCCAUUACAUGUAAGCAAUUGACCCCUAAAGUUCUUUGUGUGCUCCUUACUUUUUCAACCAAGGAACACAUAUGCUCCUUCUGAAAAAAGUUAGUGUCAAGCCCUGCACUCAGCAAAUUCAGGAGCAUUACAAGCUUUCGUGUUUAGUAUCAUAAUGUAUAUGUUCAGUCAUUUUGGUAAUAUGUCACAAAGAUAUUGUGAUGAUUGUUUUAGGUUUCCAAAGCUUAAAAUGUUUUAGAGGAUAGAGUCAGACUUAAUUGUUUCCCCUCUGUGGGACAGAUAUGGUGCCAUAAAGUCCCAAAUUCAGACCUGCAAAUGUGAAGGAACAUGUUGGUAACCCUCUUUGUCUUCUUUGUUGCAGUACAAAGGUGCUCAUGUAAAACCAGGCUUUGCAGAGCAUUUCUACAGUAACCCCGGCAGAUACAAAGGCAGGGAGAACAUGCUGGUGAGUUAAAGCUGAGAAGAAAUCCUCCUGGAUUUAUCUUCGUGAUAUAAACACUAAAUUGUCCUGUAAUGACCUGAAAUGUGCACGCCUGAGAGAGUUUGUGUCUUUCAUCUGCAGUAUUAUGACACCAUCGAGGAUGCACUGGGAGGAGUACAAGAGGCCCACUUUGAGGGUCUUAUCUUUGUCCACUCUGGAAUCUAUACAGACGAGUGGAUUUAUAUAGAGUCUCCCAUCACCAUGAUCGGUGCAGGUAAGGAUGCUUCUCCUGAAAGGUGCUCAAGACAUUUUCAUGUUUGUGCCGCAUGCAAUCAAUACCUCUCCUCAACUGGGAUAACCUUCCUAGCUGCGCUUCUGUCUGGUGUUAAUGAGUGCUUUCUCUUCAGCUCCGGGGAAAGUAGCAGACAAGGUGGUGAUAGAGAACACUAGAGACUCAACGUUCGUCUUCAUGGAGGGCGCAGAUGACACCUAUGUGGGAUACAUGACCAUCAAGGUAAACGUGGCGCUUUAGUCGGCCUUUAUCGAUACCGGCUGAGACUUUUUAGUCUUGUAUUCGCAGAAGGGAUCUCUACAUUAGCCUCAGAAUCAUUGGUUAUCCUCUGUCGUUAGUGAAACAAUAAUUAUUAUUGCUUCACAGCGGAGAGUCCUGGAGUGAGUGUGGCUUUUAGAGAACACGCUGUAAGUAAGCAAGAAUCACAAAUGAGUCAAACAACAGGCAUGGGCGUUAUAAUGAGGCUCCUGAGCUUCAUCUAAUAAAACAAACUGUGUGGUGAACUGGAACAUUUGCCACUACAGUUUUUUUGGAGACUUAAAAAUAGGGCUGCAACUAAAGAUUAUUUAUUAGUUUCCCCAGAUGAUUAAUCCCUGAUUAAAAAGGGAAGUGAGCAGAAAAUCUUUGUCGCAAGGUCCCAAAACUUCAAGUAUCACUUUGUAGAAAACUCAACAUUCACUCCAUCCAUCCUUCGAUCCAUUAUCUAUAUCACAUAUGACCUGGAGCUCAUUCCAGCAGUCACCGGGGAAGCUGUAUCCGUGAACUCUUCACAUUGGGGGCAGUGAAUGGUUUCAUUGAAUGAAGAAUAGUUGCAUCAGCAAUUAUAAAACAGUUAUAAAAUUUCGAUAGAAAAUUAUUUCUUGAAGCCACAAACAGAUAAAAAUGAAGAGACACGUCGUGCUAAGCUGUAAAAAUGUCGUUUUAACUGCCUGUAAAAAUUUCAGCGUGAGAAAAUAACCCAAAGUCUUCACGCUCAAGGGAGAAGUUGUUCUCCGUGUGAGCAUUGAUUGUCAUGAUAGUCACUGUCUAUCUGUCUGUUUCAUGUCUGUCUUUCUGGCUUUUUAAUGUAUGUAUGAAUGAAUUUAUUGAGGAUCAGUUUGGGGGGACUUCUGCCUUUUAUUUUUAGGACAGCCUCAGAGAAACAGUAGCUGUGAGGAGAGAGAGAGGGAGAGGGGGUAUGUCAUGCACCAAAUCAUGUUUGGACCUGGAACCGAUCUUGUGUGCUCACACCACCAGGCCAACGGCGCCCAAACUGACAGCACAAACUAAUAAUAGUGACUGUAUAGUGUUUUUAAAGUUCACUUUUGGGCUUUUAUUGUUUUGUAAGGAUAGUAGAUAGGAGAGGAAAUGAAGCAAAGAGAGUCGAGUGUCAAACUCAGGGUGUGCGCCUCCAGGAUCAAACCUGCAGAGUCUUUCCAGAUAAACCAACACUCCACAAAGUUUAUUUAAUAGUCUGCAACUGCAAAAUUAUUCAAAAAGUGGUGCUGCUAGACUCCUUCGAGCGUGUUUUGCCCAUUGAAGCUUCUUUGAAUACCAUAACCACCACAGGCUGCAUGAACGUAGAUUUAGCUUUUGAGUCUGUCGACAGCAGCAAUAUUGGAAAUGCUAACUCCAUGCAACACUGGGGCGACCUAACAAGCGACGAAGAGGUGGAUUUGAGGUUGGCCUCUUGAACCAGGAUGUAAACAUGUAUUUGGCUGUGAAGAUGGGCCUUUUGAGUGGGUGUGGAUGAGGACACAAAGGAAGCUGCAGGUUGUAGCAUUAACGCAGUAGAGUCUCUUUCUGAAUUUAACUCGUGUGUAGGAUGCAGCCGACUUUUGAGUUGAAAAUGAGUCUUGGACGUGGAUUUUUAUGGUUAUUCCUCAGUUUUUAUCUUUGCUUCUUCUCACACCGUCUGACAUUCAUAAAACCGAGUUUCAGAUGGGUUUAGUGAACUGUUGUUUAUCAAGCAAUACUGCGUGUAAUUUGUUUGUUUAUAAAAAUUGAAGAGUCCAAAUUGACAUCUAUUAGAAAGAUGCCAGACUGUAGAGAAAUCAGAUUUAUUAAAAUAAUACGAAUGUCAUUCAAUACUAUCCAGAGACAAUCACAGAUUGUCGGUUUUCAAUCUGUUUUGAAUUCUCAGCACCUGAAAAUGUUAAACGAGUUUAUCCCAGACAGUAGAACAGGCGCCCCAAUUUCUGACGUUUUAGUUCUUGAUGCAUCUGUCGCAGGUCCAACUUGAGGCUUCGACCCUUUUCUGCAUGUUCUCCCCAUAUCACCUGUCUCUCUGUUGCUGCCCUCUCAAUAAAACCCUAGACAAAAAUCUUAGUGUAUUCAGUGUGUGUUGAUUUAUUUUCUGUCCCUGGUGGUGUGAGACGUCCCCGUUCCCGGGUUAUAAACUGUCACCAGCCGCACAUACCUCCUGUAUGGAGUCAUCGCGGAUGUGGUGGGUGGAGAGAAAGCUCGACGUGUUGUCAGCUAGGGCAGCUGAUGUCUGACCUCUGCCGCUCCUCUCUCCUCAGUUUAAUCCUGAUGAUAAGUCAGCGCAGCACCACAACGCCCACCACUGUCUGGAGAUCACCGUCAACUGCAGCCCCAACAUCGACCACUGCAUCAUCCGCUCCACAUGCACAGGUAACACACACACAUGAACGCUCACACAAUUACCAGCUCAAUCUUUGUGCAUGUUUUUGGAAAAUAUAAUUGUCACUUAAGUAGCGUGUACUCUUCUCCUUCUGCAUUAUUUACAUGACUCUAUCAGGGUUCUGUCUGUGUGAGAAUACUUCCCUAAAAUGUGCCAGGACUCAAUUUAUAAUUUGGGUCUCUGACUGGAAACCAAAAACCCUCAAGCAGUGUUUAUUUUUUUGUUGGAAGACUUUUUUUUGCUCUGCUUUAAAGGUGCAGGUUCAUUUUCCAGAAUCCACACAGACACUGACUCCAUUUCUUGUGUCUGUUGUCUGACAAAUCCAUGUUGUAUGAAACUUGUGUCAUAAGCAAAUAGUUUGGGUUUGGGAUUUACAUCAGAGAUGCAAAGAUUUGGUGAAAAGUCAAAACUCGGUUUCUUUUUUUUGGUUCAGAUUAGUGAUGUUCGCGACUAGUCGUUUAAUCGUUUAACCGCCUACUCAUUUAUUAAAUGUUAAGUUUAAUAAAUGGGGGCAGGGCCACAAAGUUCAGGGAAGAAAGUUUGUGUGAAGAUGGCGGCAGCAUAUCGCGGUGAUUUCACAAAUCAGUUGUGUAAUCUUCGCUGUGCGGUGAGCAUCACAGCGUCUGUCUAGAACAAACGCUCUCAUGCUCGUCUGCCUGGCCCCACCGCCAUGUCCGCCGGGCCCGGCCUCGCCAUCUUCGCCCUGCAGGUUUACAUUAGAGCAUGACACGGGAGCGGAUUUUCCCUCCUGUCCCGUCCCACUCCCAGAGAAAAAAUCCUGGACCGGAGUAAAAAAAUUAAUCCUGUCCUGUCCCACUCCCGUAGAAUGACUCCCACUCAAAAAUACUCCCGCUCCUGUCCCGCUCAUGUUUGAAUAAAACCAAACAUGUUGAAAAAUGUUGCCUUUCUUAUUUUAGGUAAAAGUGGCAGCCGAGUCGGAUCGACAGUCACUUUCGAUCACGGGAUUAAUUAAAAAAUGACAAACGUCCCGUCAGAUUCCCACGGGUAUCACAUGACCCACUGGAAUUCCCAAAAAAUGUGAUCCUCGAGUUUACAUCGAGGCGUCUACUAUAGAUGUGGUUUCCCAUCUCUCUGGUAGAGUGGUUAUAAGCGAGUUUUUGCCUACACAGCCGACAGACGACCUUGUUGUCAUCUGCGGCGUCAAAAUACGGCCAAACGGUGCAGAUUUUCUUGCACGGUAGGACAUUUAAAUUAACAGCUUGUCCUGAAUGUUUUGGCUAAAAUAGCUUCUAAAUACACAAAACAUUUGCAUUUUAAACUUUUAAUUUAAUAUGUGUAUUAAAUUGCGAGUUUUCUUGCUUAAAGACUGGUCGCAAAUAAAAUUUGAGACUAGUCGGCGGGGAAAUUAGCCGAAAUUCCCAUCCCUAGUUCAGAUCAGGGAAGUUAUCCAGAGAGAAGCUUUUGUGUAACUGCUGUUGAAACGAAACCAACUGGAAUCGGAUGAACAGACACUCCUGCAGGACAUGUCAUCAUGGGGUUUACAUUAAAGAUGUAAACACCGCAUGGAAAAGGCCGUCUUGAGCUGAAAUGUUGGCAUCUGCUGCUGCAUGUCGGGGUAAAACAAUGAUUAAUCCAUCGCCAUCUUAUCCCAAGAUGACAGUGUUUAGAUAAGUAAUAUGUUUCUGUUAUCCUCCAAAAGAAACUAUAAUAAGCAGCAGCUGAUCCAUCUGUCUGAUAAUGUGUGUUAAUCAGCAAAAAACACAAUUAGUGACAGCAGCCCUGAUGAAAUUACCAAAGCAUGUCAUCUCUGAGCAGCUCAGAUGUUCUGAUGUGAUCAUCUGUUGUUCUUUUGAUACAGUUUUAGGUUUUUGGCUGGUGGACGAAUGAAAAUUAUCGAUGUAUAAAACCUUCACCUCCUGUUUUCUUUGUUUAGUGGGUUCAGCAGUGUGCGUGAGCGGCCAGGGGGCGUGUCCAACCAUCAAACACUGCAACAUCAGUGACUGUGAGAACGUAGGGUUGUACAUCACAGACCACGCACAGGUAAAAAAAAACAGCUUUUCAUUCCACUAGUGUCGAAUAGAGACAAAAAGAGACGCGUGUUGUGACGGAUUCAUAAUUUCUUUUUCUUUCAGGGCAUUUAUGAAGACAAUGAAAUCAGUAACAACGCACUAGCAGGAAUCUGGGUGAAAAACCACGGCAAUCCCAUUAUUAGACGUAACCACAUCCACCACGGACGAGACGUGGGAGUGUUUACCUUCGAUCACGGCAUGGUAAAGACGACGGCUACGAUCGCAGCACUCAUAGUUUCACUCAAAGAGACACUACAGGCGUAUCUAACCCGCCCUCCUUUGUGUUUCAGGGUUACUUUGAAAACUGUAACAUCCACAGAAACCGUAUAGCGGGCUUCGAGGUGAAGGCCUACGCCAACCCCACGGUGGUGCGCUGUGAGAUCCAUCACGGGCAAACAGGCGGCAUCUACGUCCACGAGAAAGGCCGGGGACAGUUUAUAGAGAACAAAAUCUAUGCCAAUAACUUUGCUGGAGUGUGGAUCACGUCCAACAGUGACCCCACGAUACGGUGAGGACACACUUCUCACACGGCGGCGUUUGUAGUCAUCCUGAACUGUCUGUUCAAAGGUUGUGACGGGUAUUUUUUCUUAUUCAGGGGAAACGCGAUAUUCAACGGUAACCAAGGAGGCGUGUACAUAUUCGGAGACGGGCGAGGCUUGAUAGAGAGUAACGACAUCUACGGCAACGCCCUGGCGGGAAUCCAGAUCCGAACCAACAGCUGCCCUAUUGUGCGGCACAACAAGAUCCACGACGGCCAGCAUGGUGGCAUCUAUGUGGUAAAUACCAGCAUCAUAUUGUAUUUUAUGUAAAGAAUUGUGGGUAGUUUUUAAGAACUAAUGAGUUCUGGUUCCUCCUUUUGUUCCUGCUCAGCAUGAGAAAGGCCAAGGGGUGAUCGAAGAAAACGAGGUUUACAGCAACACGCUGGCCGGAGUCUGGGUGACCACAGGCAGCACUCCCGUCCUCCGCAAGAACCGCAUCCACAGCGGCAAACAGGUAAAAGUGAUGUGUUGACAAAAAGCCUCGAAUAAAUCUGAUCUCAUUUCCAAUCCGAUCUAAUCUCAGGCUGUGCAAGAUAUUCCUUUCCUGCUCUCGCCUGUCGGUGUAUAAAUACAGAAGUCUUAAAGGCAGCUGCUCUGAAGUGAAAAACGGUAUUUUAUACGCUGUAAAAACAUCUUAAUUAAUGAGAGCACAGUAAAGAGUAUCUACUUAGACAACAUCAGAAGUAUUGAGCUUGUUCUCAUUUGAAGUAAUGAACUCGGCAAUUUUCUGCCCCUGAAAUUUACCACAUUAUUCUCACGAAAUGUAGAUUUUCAUGUAAGAUCUGCUGAGAAUUAUCUGGCACUUUGGUUGUGUUUUAAAAUACAAAACAAAGCAAGACACUGAUUACUCCCCGAACCCCCAGAGAAAGGUGCAGAUCUAUUUAGCCAAAAAUGACGUCAGUGCUGAGAAAAACUUUCUUCUCGUCUGCAUGUGAGUCAGAUGUGCAUGGACAGAUUUUGUGGAGGUGAGCAGCCAAGGACUCUUUGAUUCGCAUGAAUUUUCAUAAACCGUGUUAAUUUAGUUUUGCUGUCUCUCCCUGACACCUUUGUGAUUACGCUCUCUCUCCUAAAUUCUAUUCAGUUCUAAAAACCUUGAUAGAAAAACUCUAAAUACGGCAGGAAGAGGGAACUUAUUUUCAGCUGCUUUGUAAGACAACCAACAAAAGAAACAAACAUUUUAAUUUCCUCUCAAACUGUUUGACAUUUGAGACAUUUCAAGCCACAUAUUUCAAACCUAAAUACCGGGUUUCAUCAGAGUAUUGUCCUGAUUUUGUGAAACUAGAAUUAAGGAUAUCAAGAAGUUACUGUAAAGCAAUGGUUAGGUGUCGGAUUAGAGAAGGUUCACAUCCUCAAGAAUUAAUGUCUCACAGGAAUGACGUCAUGUCUUAGUUUUUCCUGCAGAGGGGGCUGGACUUUUAGAUAAUAGUGCUCAGAACACACUGCUUCAAAGCAUCACAUCGAAUAGGUGGAAUUAAAAUGAGCCGAUGAUGCAAUAAAAGGGGUCCUGUCAAAACUUACUCUCAUAUGUUUAUUUGAAGUGAAAUUAUUUAAGAAUUGGUGCAUAAAAGGGGAAGAGCAAAUGUCGUUUUAUGGCUGUAGAUUUUCAUACCUGUUAACUAUGAGUUUCUCUUACUCUUGUCUGUUUCAGGUUGGCGUGUACUUCUAUGACAACGGCCACGGUGUAUUGGAAGACAAUGACAUCUACAAUCACAUGUACUCUGGAGUGCAAAUAAGGUGACUGCUCCUUUACUUUCAGCACUGAACAUCAGAGUAAUUCAAACCAGGUUCAUAUGCAUAAUGUGCAAAUGUGACUGGAUUUCACAGAACGGGGAGCAAUCCAAAGAUCAGGCGCAACAAGAUCUGGGGAGGCCAGAACGGAGGGAUUUUAGUCUACAACUCAGGUCUGGGCUUCAUCGAGGACAAUGAGAUCUUUGACAACGCGAUGGCCGGAGUGUGGAUCAAGACGGACAGCAACCCUACCCUGAGGAGAAAUAAGAUCCAUGACGGGAGAGAUGGAGGCAUCUGCAUCUUUAAUGGAGGCAGAGGUAUUUAGACUCAAUCUGUGCGAGAAAACCAGAGACUGAAGGCGAAAUACAACAAGACAUACAAGAAUAACAAAGUAAUCAUUGAAAAAUUUAUGAUGAAAAGUUUUUUUAAUGAUUUUUGUGUGUGUGUUUAGGUUUGCUGGAAGAGAACGACAUCUUCAGGAACGCUCAGGCCGGCGUGCUGAUCAGCACCAACAGCCAUCCAAUACUCCGCAAGAACCGCAUCUUUGACGGCUUCGCUGCAGGUGUGUUUUUUCCCCUUCAUAUCCGUUCAAUUUCAGCCCCUAAGAGUUCUUUUUUCAUGCCGAUGAUAAAACUUUUUCUUUCGUCCCCUCCAGGUAUUGAAAUCACAAACCAUGCCACGGCCACGCUGGAGGGUAACCAGAUCUUCAACAAUCGCUUUGGAGGCCUGUUUCUGGCCUCAGGGGUCAACGUCACCAUGAAAGGUAAAUAACUGCUUCCUUUUUUCUUUUCCGCCUGGCACAGUCAUCAUCUCCUUGUUUUAAUUAUCCUUCUUUGUUCACUUUAUUUCAGAUAAUAAGAUUCUGAACAAUCAGGAUGCCAUUGAGAAGGCGGUGAGCAGAGGACAGUGCCUCUACAAGAUCUCCAGCUACACUAGCUACCCCAUGCACGACUUCUACAGGUAAAUAAAGAAACAAUGGUAAUAUUUUUGAGCGAAAUAUGGAGGUAAUCAUCUCUAAAAAGACAGCAAUGCCAAAUGUUUCUGCACUUAAGCUUUUAACCUAAGAGGAUUUGAAAAGAAAUAUUUAUGUCCGAAAUAAUCGCCCCAAAAAAACGCUCCCGGUGUAAAUGGAACUUUAGGCCGAAAAAGACAUCUACAGUUGACAGAACAUGUAGAAGUUUUUACAGAAGCUAAAUAAUAAACUGAGAGAUCCAGGAAGUAAACAGGAAGUAAAAACAGUGCUGCCCUUUCUCCUUCUAGAUGUCACACCUGCAACACAACAGAUAGGAACGCUAUCUGUGUAAACUGCAUCAAAAAAUGCCACCAAGGGCAUGAUGUAGAGUUUAUACGGCACGAUCGGUAAGACUUUCAAACCUUAAAAUCUGUGAAAUCCAUAAUAAUAUUCUGCUAUUUACAAAUAAAGCACGCAGACCCAGUUCUAACGGACUCUUGCUUAUCACCCCUCCAGGUUUUUCUGUGACUGUGGAGCCGGAACGUUGUCCAACCCGUGCACGCUCGCCGGAGAGCCCACACACGACACGGACACUCUUUACGACUCCGCACCACCCAUCGAGUCCAACACGCUGCAACAUAACUGAAGAGUCCGGUCUGGUUACACCCUCUCUCACUUAAGCAUUCAAACACGUUACAUUGCACACAGCCAUACACACUCACACGCACACACGGUUACAUACACACACACACACACACAUCCACAUGCAGCCAUAAAGGACCGAGAGAGACUCUGCGACUGCGGCGCUCUCACAACGGGCUCGAGGUGAGCGAGGCUGCAGAGGAAGCAGCUUCCUGUCGCUGCAGUGUGGGCAGACACCACUAGAGGGAGCCGUGGAGCUGAGAGAGAGAGAGAACGGCCGCAAGAGAUUCCUCACUCGAGUAUUUCUUAUAGCAGUCUGAAGAGAGACGAUGGAAGAAAAGGGCUGUCGAUGGAAGCCGUAAAAGUUCCCCCCGUGUCACUCCUUGGCCCGCUUCUUUUUUUCUUCUUCUUCUUCUUCUUCACAUGAACUGCCGUCAAAGAGACUUCCUGCUUCCUCGCAGCUGCCAUCCCCAUUGGCUGUCCAGUCGGUUGUAACUAGGCAACGGAUGGGCGGAUGUUGCUCUGUUGUGUGUGGAUAAAAGAGCAAGAUUGUGUGUGUGAUGGAGCACUUGGGCUUUUUUAAAAAAAAAAAAAAUAUGUUCAGAUCAAUGGAUUUUAUUUCAAUGCUUUCUCAUGUAGUUUUGUAUUUUCAAGCAAAAAGCUGACUGUAUUUGAAUGUCUUUUAUUUUAUUAUAUAUUAUUAUUAUUAUAAUUAUUAUUAUUAUUUUUCUUUUGUUAGCGUCCCCCCCUCCCACCCUGAUAUCCUCUGAACUGCAGACACUCAGACGUCCCAGUGGUGAAGUUCUUUCUGUGAAAGAGAAUCUCGUUUAAACACUAAAAACCCUCUAUAUAUUAGCUUAAAGAGCAGGUGGAGGGGCUCCACAGGUGUAUAAAGGUGUGUGUGUGCGUGUGCGUAUGUGUGCGAGUGAGUGUAAAUGUGUGUUGUGUACAGUGAAAGUUGUGUGUAUGUGUGUAUAUGUUUAAGUUGAUGCAGUCAGUGUGUUGUGGAGAGGGUUUCCUACAGGAGGCGCCUGAGCUCCUUUGAACUGGAACCGAAGAGUCACUCUGCAGCCCCCUCCCCCCUCGUCCUCCCCCCAUUCCUCUCCCCCGUGUAUCGUGGUGACUGUGGCUCCUCAUGCAGCCUGAAUCGUAUGCAUGUACCAUAACAUCUAGACUUAAUAUAUUGUGAAGUAUUCAAUAACCAUUAUGUAGAUGCUAGUUGGAAUUCAAAAAGGGGUAUACUUUCUUAGAAAGACAAAAAAGAAAACAGGAAACUGGCCAUUUCUAAGAAAAUAAAACUUUAUUAGAUCAGAUGUGUCUGUCUUUGAAUUCACUGCCUGUAGAUCGGCUAAUAAAUGAUCGUUUUUCUAACAACAUUGAGAUGCUUUCAGGGGAAUAAGUGCAGCCAGAUAAACAGGCUUUGUGGUCAAGAAUCACCACUGGACUUUGGUGACAGUGGGUUGUUGAAGUUAAUCUCAUCUGAACACUUUAGGAUGAUGAAAGAGGUCUUUGGGUGUUUGAAGCAAGUGCGGAUAUUGAUUAUAAUGCUUCAAGGUUGCAUGAAUUUUGUAUAAUCAGAAUUUCACUGUCAUCAGAACUCAAAGGUAACUCUUAAUUUGCAGCCAGUCAAAGGUGGGGUAGGCAGGAAUCUGUUUUAAAAAGCAUCUUUUUUUGUGGUGUAUAUACAAAAAAAUUUUUAGUAUCAGUCAGUAGCUACUAGUUAUUGGCUGUGUCCGAAAUGAAUCACUCAAUCCCUAACCCCUAUAUGGGAUUUCACCAUGUAGUGAGCUCAAUCACCAGAGGUGUCAGUCACUACAUGGCAAGACGCAAUGCAUGACAGGAUGCCCACCACCGGUGAGUGACCAUCAGAUGGUCACUACAUUUUGCAAUGCUCAAUGGGAAAUUUUUGAGUGGCCUAUAUGGGGCACUGGAAUUGAUCACUUAGGUUUUGGACACCCCUCAAAAUGGUGCUAACCCCCACAUAGUCGCCUAUAUUAGGGUUAGGGGUCCAUUUCGGACACAGCCAUUGAUUACAUUUGGUAAUAUCAUGUUAUUUCUGUGUUUUGUCAUGUCUGAGUAGUCAACAUUUCAAACUUUUUAGCGGCCCGCUCAUUGUGACUGUAAACAAAGCCGUUCUCUGCCUCCUUAAGCUGAUUGGUUGUGAGGCGCACGCUGCUCCUUAGUGCUGAUUGGUUGUGAGGC